UAAAGGGUUAAGCCCCCUGGCAGCUUGGUGGGAUCCCAGCUGAGUGUGUGGCUGGAUGGUGAGGCACCUGUCCCCUGCUGUCAUGAGCUGAUGUUAGUCAGCCUGCGCAGUCUGUCUGCUCUGUCAGUCUGCAGCAGCAGCGCUCCUGAAGGCUGCAGCGGGACCCCAACCAACAGCGUUCUCACAGUCUCACAGCCCGAGGAUGAUGGAGAGAGCCAACCACAUCAACAUUGCAAUGAUAGAAGAUAUCGGCAACACCAACGGGACAGCCAGGUCAAAGGUCGUCACGGCCAUGGACCAGAACAAGCAGCCGUGUGGCUCCACCGUGAGCUUCCACAACAUCCAGUACAAAGUGCAGCUGAAGAGCGGAUUCCUCUGCAAAAGGAAAACCAGUGCCAGGGAAAUACUGGUCGACCUCAAUGGGAUCAUGAGACCUGGCCUCAACGCUAUUCUUGGACCUACUGGAAGUGGAAAAUCUUCAUUCUUGGAUAUUCUGGCUGCAAGGAAGGAUCCUUCUGGUCUCUCAGGAGAAGUCCUCAUUGACAGAGCGCCACAGCCUCCAAACUUCAAGUGCCUCUCUGGCUAUGUAGUUCAGGAAGACGUGGUCAUGGGCACCCUGACUGUGAGGGAGAAUCUGCGUUUUUCGGCAGCUCUGCGGCUGCCCAGCUGUGUGCCUCAGAGUGAGAAGGAGGCUCGAGUCAAUCACCUCAUUAAAGAACUGGGUCUCACCAAGGUGGCUGACUCCAAGGUGGGCACACAGACGACGAGGGGAAUCUCUGGAGGAGAGAGGAAGAGGACAAACAUUGGCAUGGAGCUGAUUAUUGAUCCCUCGGUCCUCUUUCUGGAUGAACCAACCACAGGACUGGAUGCUAGCACUGCUAACUCUGUCCUGCUGUUACUGAAAAGAAUGGCGAAUCAUGGAAGAACCAUAAUUAUGUCCAUCCACCAACCACGAUACUCCAUCUACAGACUGUUCGACACUCUGACUCUGCUGGUUGGUGGUAAAAUGGUGUACCAUGGACCAGCACCAAACGCUUUGGACUACUUCGCCAACAUUGGCUAUCCCUGUGAGCCACACAACAACCCAGCUGACUUCUUUCUGGAUGUUAUUAAUGGAGACUCCACCGCCACGACCAUGACCAAAGUGCACGGGUCUGAAGAUUUGGACUUUGAGGAGCUCAGCAGCUCCAGGCAGAGCAUCGAGGAGCGCCUGGUAGAGGAGUACAGGAACAGCAGCUACUCCAGUGACACUAGAGCUGAGCUGGACCGCAUCGUCCAGGAUAAGGAGUGUAUCUUAUGUCCAAAAUCCCGCACCAUCACCUACAACAGCUCCUUCUUCCACCAGCUACGUUGGGUGCUGAAGAGAACCUUUCAGAACCUCAUGCUGAACCCACAAACAUCAGUGGCUCAGUUGGGAGUCAACAUCUUCCUCGCCCUCAUCGUAGGAGCCAUUUUCUUCGGGGUCAAAGAUGAUCAGAGUGGAAUCCAGAACAGGAUGGGCGCCCUCUUCUUCAUCACUACCAACCAGUGUUUCAGCACCGUGUCUGCAGCUGAGCUCUUCAUCACCGAGAGGAAACUGUUUGUGCACGAGUACAUCAGUGGCUACUACAGAGUGUCGGUCUACUUCCUCUCUAAGAUCCUGUCUGACAUCGCUCUGCGCACCAUCACCUCUGUCAUCUUCAGCUGUAUUGUCUACUUUAUGAUCGGGCUCAAAUUCACAGCAGCAGCCUUUCUCAUCUUCACGCUGACAGUGACUCUCGUGGCCUACACAGCCACAGCCAUGACCAUGGCCAUCUCAGCUGACCAGAGCGUCGUUGCUCUCGCCAACAUCUUCAUGACCAUCACUUUUGUGUUCAUGAUGAUUUUCUCUGGUCUCCUGGUGAACCUUCCCACCAUCAUGGACUGGCUCGCUUGGCUGAAGUACUUCAGCAUUCCUCGCUACGGCCUCGCAGCCUUGAAGAUCAACGAGUUUGUGGGUUUGAAGUUCUGCGAGGAGGCUGUGAUCCGAAACACCAACAUGUCGGCUACAGUGAGCAACUGCAGCGUGAGCACGGUCGGCCCGACAUGUACAGGAGAGCAGUAUCUGGACUACCUGGGAAUAGAGUACACCACCUGGGGACUGUGGGAGAAUCACGUGGCUUUGACCGUUAUGACCUUCACGUUCCUCAUCAUCGCCUACCUGAAAUUGCGCUACAUUAAGAAAUUCACUUAAAUGUGUCGACUCUGCAUCCUUUAUUUUUCUCUUCAAGGAACCAGGCCAGUAGAUAUUCAACCAAAAAUUCACCUUUAAAGAGCCAGUGUGUGCGAUUUAGUGGAGAUUACGAUGCCCUCGCCUCACCCUCCUAUCUAUACUUAGAUAUUCAGUAUAGGUAAAAUACAUACCUGAAUGUAAACAUCGAGUUUACUUAUUAGGAAGUAAUAUGAGGAUUUGUUCACAUUGUGGAGAGAAGAGAGACGAUGAGUUUCAAGAUGACCACUCAGUGACAAAUAUGGAGGAUAUGUGGUGUUUUUCUUACAGGUUUAUAUAUUAAAGUUAACUGUAGUUAUUUAUGAAUAUUUACAUUUGCUGCCUUAUGUUAAAAUCAGACUAUGCCCUUUUUUGAUUUUGAAAUUGAAUUUUGAAAUGACACUAAACUGAACCUUUGUCACUGAUUAUUUGUAACUGUAGUUGUUGUAGAAUUAUAUCACCUAAGAUAGUAAAUAUUUGUUUUUGUACUGCUCCAAAGAACAUUUGUAUACAUACCUUUAUACUCUGAUACAGCC